GUUGAUAAAUCACAAAAUGUUCGUUUUCGGCUUCACUACUGUUCAGUAUUAUUUUAAUGUGUAUUUGGAGCAGCCUUUUGGAACAUAAGGAUGCACAGAAUGGCAGCAGCCAUAGUCCAUGUUGUCAGGAAGUGUGGAGGAAAGCAGCAUAAGUGAGACAGUGACUCAACAACACGAUUUCAGCCUGUGACAGCUGGUGCCAUGUGUGCUUACUCAGAGGAGGCUACCAACUACAGAUGACUGCAAACUGUGCUUUUAAACUAAACUAUGAUGAACUGAAUUUAAACUUAAAUUGAAGUUGGGUUGCACUCAUUUAACUCAGUUGAGAUUGUCUCACGUGAUUCUUUCCUAUCCUUACCCAUGAAAAAUGCCUUAAGAGAGGGACUGUUUUGAUAGAGGACACUUGAAAAUUCAGAAAUGUGUGUAAAUCUGAAGUUUUGGGGGGAAAGACAUCGGCAAUGUCAAGUUGCAAACAGAUGCAGUUCUUCUCGGUUAAAUGAUAAUGCCAUUUCAGCAACACUUUGGCCUUACUGAGGGAGGCUGUUUUCCCCUGACAGCAGAGAAAUGUUUGACUUUGGGGGAAUGUGGAGCCAAACAAAUCGCAGAGACGGGUGAGAGGGAUGAAAGCACUGAGGAGGAAAUGACAUUGAUUGAAAGUGAAAUGUGAUGAAGUGUAUUGUGGAAGUAAUUGCAGAUGCCCUGUCCAAGCCUCAUCCCAUCCCAGUCUCCCAGGACUGCCUUGAAACCCUCAGCGCUGAUGACAGGCUUGUGAGCAUCCUGCGCCACCGCAACUUUCUCAGAGAGAUGCAAGAUAUCGCUGUGGAGGGAGCCAAUGAAAGAGCACAGAAACACCCAGGAGAUGCACCUGAACAUGUGACUAGCCUCUCUAGAGACACAAUGAAAACUGCAGAUGAUCAGUCAAUGUUGGUUGCCUUGGAUAAACCAGAAGAAGAUGCAGAGAAGAGAGGAGUAGGAGAGGAGAGCUCCAGGGAAAUUGAGGAGACAGAGCAGGAGUCUCAAAAACGCAACCAGAUUGCUGAGGAAGAGGAGCGUGAAGAACACGAGAGUCCUAGCAAUCACAUUUCCAACUCCAUAAACCCAGAGCAGAAGAGAGAGUCGCAGGAGGAGGCCACAAAAACGGAAGAGGGUAAACAAGAGGAGAAGAAACACUCCAGCUUGGAAAAGGAGAAGGAAAAUGAUCCGGCUCACCAUAAAGAUGGGGAAACAGCCACUGAUGAUCAAGAAGCGAAUCCUGAUGUAGAACAAUCCAUCAUAGAGGACAGCGAGGAGCACAAGGGAGCUGAAACAGAGAGAAUGCAUUCAAAAGAAGAGCUGGAAGAAGAGGAGGAGAAGAAAAGAGAGGUUGGAGUGAAGCGCUGGAGUCGUGUGAGCAAACUGUCCCACAAGAGAGUAGAGGCAAGCCCAAAACUUGAUGAGCACUGGGAAGCACCACAUCACUCUAAGGAGAGAGAAGAUCAAGAGGGGGAGCUGUGGAGGAGCCCUGAGGAGCAGGAGCUGCAGCUCAUGGCACAAACUCAACCACAGGACAAACGAGAUGAAGAGGGCAGCGGCAGCAGAAAGACAGGGGAUGCUGAGAUUGAAAGUCUGGCUGCCAUUGAGUCUGAACUGGAGAGUGUGGCUCAGAAACUCCAUGAUCUGAGACGAGGCUGAGCUUCUCCAGCUCUUCUUCUCUUUCCACUUUGCCCUUCAUCUCUCCUUCAGUAGAAAGGCAUGUUAACUGGAGAUGAGGCUCUCACCUUCUUGCUCAGUUCACAGCAGCGCAAGCUCUUAUCUCAGCGCCGCAGAUUCCCUGCUUAUUCCCUCCAUGUGUUAAAUGAAACCUCAAAGCAACUUCUCUGGUGUCAGACAUUCAGAGGUCCCUUCACUUUUUUUCUCCCAGCUCCUCCGCUUUGCUUUAUUGUGCUUGCUUCCCAAAGAAAUUUGGGCAUCGAGUACAUUUAAUGUAAAAUAUUUGCUACCCAGAAUUAUCACACUAGGUUGAAAUUUUAAUAUACGCAAGGAUACAUUUCUGAAAGAUUGUACCUGAUAUUAUGGAGUCUUAUGAUCCAUAGGCAAUAAUGUUUUUAUUAGAUAUGGUGAUGACUGUAAAUGCUUUUUGGGUUUCAAGAAAACAAAUAAAGAUCAAAAAGAAGU